CUGGUGGUCCCUGUCUGUCCCCAGCCUCCAGGGGGGUGACACACACCCCCCACACCCCCCGCCCCUGUUUGGGGGCUGCCUGUGCUGGGCUGGGACAGGAGCCUGGCCCUGGGGAUGCACCGAGGUUUGGGGUCACCGUGCCAGGCACCCCCGGGCCCUGCUCCUGGGGUCUGGGGGACCCCGACUCCUCAUCGUGGCACAGGGAACCUCCAGACCCCACUGUCAUGACAUGGGGACCCCCUGGAUCUCCUCGCCAUGGCACAGGGCACCUCCAGAUCCCACUGUCAUGACAUGGGGACCCCCUGGAUCGCCUCACCAUGGCACGUGGCACCUCCAGACCCCAUUGGUGUGACAUGGGGACCCCCCAAAUCUCCUCGCCAUGGAAUGGGACACCUCCAGAUCCCACUGUCAUGACAUGGGGAACCCCUGGAUCUCCUUGCCAUGGCAGAGGGCACCUACAGACCCUGCUGUCAUGACAUGGAGAACCCCAGGACUUAUUGCCACGGCACAGGGCACCUCCACGUCCCACUGUCAUGACAUGGGGACCCCCUGGAUCUCCUCUCCAUGGCACGGGGCACCUACAGACCCUGCUGUCAUGACAUGGAGAACCCCAGGACUUAUUGCCAUGGCACAGGGCACCUCCAGAUCCCACUGUCAUGACAUGGGGACCCCCCAGAUCUCCUCGCCAUGGCAUGGGGAAUCUCCAGAUCCCACUGUCAUGACAUAGGGACCCCCUGGAUCUCCUCACCGUGGCAUGGGACACCUCUGCAUCCCACUAUCUUGACAUGGGGACCCCCCAGAUCUCCUCUCUGUGGCAUGGGACACCUCCAGACCCCGCAGUCACGUCGAGGCACCCUCAUCCUGCCGUCACGGGGCUCCCCGGUCUCACCCUGCCCACGUGUGGCUGUGACCCACAGAUGGGGCAAUCCCCACCCCCCCACCCCCCCCCCCGUCCCAUGCAGACACCUGCCCCGUCCCCCUCUGUCCUGCCGGGCUCAGCAGGUUUCGUGUCUCCAGCAUCUCUCCGGGCCGAGCACGAGCGGCCGGGCGGAAGGGGAAGCCAUCACCGCCCGCGCACGCCCGGGGAGGAAGGGGGCCUUUGUUCGCCCUUCCUGGCCACUCGCACAGCAGGGGAGCGGCGGCCGCCCCGGUGGGCUCCCCAGGGACGCGGGGGGGGGUCAGCCAGCCCCGGCCCGCAGCUCAGCCCGCCCCCGGGGCUCCAAAACCAACGUCUGCAAAAGCAUUUUGCUCCGUUGGUCACAACCUAACGGGCGCUGGGUGCGGGGCGCCGGGUGCCCGUCCCCUCCCACCCGUGACGCCCAUCGCCCCACCAGGUUCUCGGUGAAGACCUUGUUGGAGAAAUACACGGCGGAGCCCAUCGACGACUCCUCCGAGGAGUUCGUUAACUUUGCCGCCAUCCUCGAGCAGAUCCUCAGCCACCGUUUUAAAGGCCCCGUCAGCUGGUUCAGCUCGGAUGGGCAGCGUGGGUUUUGGGACUACAUCCGCCUGGCCUGCAGCAAGAUCCCCAACAACUGCGUCAGCAGCAUCGAGAACAUGGAGAACAUCAGCACCUCCAGGGCCAAGGGCCGGGCCUGGAUCCGCGUGGCGCUGAUGGAGAAGCGCAUAUCCGAGUACAUCUCCACGGCGCUGCAGGACACGCGGACCACCAAGCGGUUUUACGACGACGGGGCCAUCAUGCUGCGGGAUGAAUCCGUGGUGCUCACGGGGCUGCUCAUCGGGCUCAGCGCCAUUGACUUCAGCUUCUGCCUGAAGGGCGAGGUGAUGGACGGUAAAAUGCCCAUGGUCAUCGACUACACGCCCUACCUGAAGUUCACGCAGAGCUAUGACUACCUGAACGAGGAGGAGGAGCGAGGCAGCGUGGAGAGCAGCACGAGUGAGGACAGCUCCCCUGAACACCCCUACCUGCCCCUGGUCACCGACGAGGACAGCUGGUACAGCAAGUGGCGCAAGAUGGAGCAGAAAUUUCGCAUCGUUUAUGCCCAAAAGGGGUACCUGGAGGAGCUGGUGCGGCUGCGGGAGUCGCAGCUGAAGGACCUGGAGGCGGAGAACAAGCGGCUGAAGCUGCGUCUGGAGGAGGUGAUGGUGCAGAACCAGCUGGAGAAGCGGGAGCUGGAGGGCGUCAUCCUGGAGCUGCAGGAGCAGCUGACGGGGCUGAUCCCCUGCGAGAACCCGCAGCUGGCCCAGCUCUCCAAGGAGAUGGUGACACCCCUGGUGAACCAGUGGCCCUCGUUGGGGACCCUCAACGGCAACGACAGCGGCUCGGACAGCAAGCUCUACAGGAGGCACAGCUUCGUGAGCACCGACCAGCUCUCGGCCGAGAACAGCCUCAGCUCCGACUCCCAGCGCCUGGGCGAGGGCAAGCGCGAAGGCGAGCCCUGGGGGCCCUUGGGGAAGGACCCCACACCCUCCAUGCUGGGGCUCUGCGGCUCCCUGGCCUCUCUGCCCAGCUGCAAAUCCCUGGCCAGCCUCAAGUCCAACGAGUGCCUGGUGAGCGACAGCACGGAAGCCAGCCCGACCCGCAGCCCCAGCUGAGACCCCCGGCCCCCUCGCCGCCCCCCGGCCCGGCUGCCCAGCCCAGCGGCGUGGUGGAGGACUGAUCUCCCGCGUGUGUGUGUGUGUCCCGAUUUCCUCCCCGUCCCGGGACCGACGAGGGACUCGCCGAAGCCACGGGGAGGGGGGGCUGGGGAUGGGCGUCUUGACACCCCAAGCUGGCUGCGCCUCGGACCCCCGGCCCGGUCCCUGGCUGGAAAUAUGGACCUGUUGGGAUGGGGGGGGGAUGCCAAACUGGGACCGGUGUGAGCUGGGGAUGGGGUGGGGGGGACACAAACUGUGCUGGGGGUCGGGGGGGAACACACUGGGAGCGACCGCUGUUGGGGUGCAAGGGAGGGGGGUCAGGGCCAAAACACCUCCAGGGGUGAGGGUCCUGGUGCUGCCCCUGCCCGCCCCUUGGACGCCCACCCGGGCUUCUCCAGUCUAGUGCCCAGCCUCCCCCUGGCCCCCCCUCCAUGCCCAGGCACUGCUUGGAGGGGGGUGUGUGUGUGUGGGGGGGUGGCCUGUCCCUUCCUUUGGGGACCAGCUGUCCCCCCCUUGCAGGAGCAUCCCCACAACAGGGAUAGGCUUCCCCCCCCCCCCCUUCCUCCUUCUCAUCCUCCCCUGGGUUUUGGGUGAUUUUGGUUUUUAAUUCAGCCCCGUCUGCCUUGUUGGAGCAAAAGGAAUUAAUAAACGCAGCAAGCUGA